GGUAAGAUGGCGGCGGCCGCGGAGUGCGAUGUGGUAAUGGCGGCGGCCGAGUCGGAGCUGCUGGACGCCGAUGGGGCCAAGAGGACUUUAGAAGAUUGGAGGACAAUGGUCAGCGGCUGCCUAGGCACCUUGUCUGAUGCAAAAUCCCUCUGAGAGUCCAUUUCUCUCUUACUCCACUAAUGUUUGGUUCCUUUUCUCCAGUGCUGAGUGAUGUGGAAGUUGCUUAGAGGUCGUUCCAGGGAAGCAGAGACUUUCAAGGAACAAGGAAAUGCUUACUAUGCCAAGAAAGAUUACAAUGAAGCUUACAACUAUUACACAAAAGCCAUAGAUAUGUGUCCUAAAAAUGCUAGCUACUAUGGAAAUCGAGCAGCCACCUUGAUGAUGCUUGGGAAGUUCCGGGAAGCUCUAGGUGAUGCACAGCAAUCUGUCCGGUUGGAUGACAGCUUCGUCCGGGGACAUCUACGAGAGGGCAAAUGCCAUCUAUCUCUGGGAAAUGCCAUGGCUGCAAGUCGCAGUUUCCAGAAAGCUCUAGAACUGGAUCACAAAAAUACUCAGGCACAGCUGGAGUUCAAGAAUGCUAACGCAGUCAUAGAAUAUGAGAGAAUAGCAGAAACGGAUUUUGAAAAGCGGGAUUUUCGAAAGGUUGUUUUCUGCAUGGACCGUGCCCUAGAAUUUGCCCCUGCCUGUCAUCGCUUCAAAAUCCUCAAAGCAGAAUGUUUAGCAAUGCUGGGUCGUUACCCAGAGGCACAGUCUGUAGCCAGUGACAUUUUACGAAUGGAUUCCACCAAUGCAGAUGCUCUCUAUGUACGAGGGCUUUGCCUUUAUUAUGAAGAUUGUAUUGAGAAGGCGGUUCAGUUUUUUGUGCAGGCUCUCAGGAUGGCCCCUGAUCACGAGAAGGCCUGUGUUGCUUGCAGAAAUGCCAAAGCACUUAAAGCAAAGAAAGAAGAUGGGAAUAAAGCAUUUAAAGAAGGAAAUUACAAGCUAGCAUAUGAACUGUACACAGAAGCUCUAGGAAUAGACCCCAACAAUAUAAAAACAAAUGCUAAACUCUACUGUAAUCGGGGUACGGUUAAUUCCAAGCUUAGGAAACUAGAUGAUGCGAUAGAAGAUUGUUCAAAUGCGGUGAAACUCGACGACACGUAUAUAAAGGCCUACUUGAGAAGGGCCCAGUGUUACAUGGACACAGAACAGUUUGAAGAAGCAGUGCGGGACUAUGAAAAGGUGUAUCAGACGGAGAAAACAAAAGAACACAAACAGCUUCUGAAAAAUGCACAGCUGGAAUUGAAGAAGAGUAAGAGGAAAGAUUACUACAAGAUACUGGGAGUGGACAAAAACGCCUCCGAAGACGAGAUCAAGAAGGCAUAUCGAAAACGGGCCUUGAUGCAUCAUCCAGAUCGGCACAGCGGAGCAAGUGCUGAAGUUCAGAAGGAGGAGGAGAAAAAGUUCAAAGAGGUUGGGGAAGCUUUCACCAUUCUCUCUGAUCCCAAGAAAAAGACUCGCUAUGACAGUGGACAGGACCUGGACGAGGAAGGCAUGAAUAUGGGUGAUUUUGAUGCAAAUAAUAUCUUCAAGGCAUUCUUUGGCGGUCCUGGGGGCUUCAGCUUUGAAGCUUCGGGUCCAGGAAAUUUCUUUUUCCAAUUCGGCUAGUGAAGGGAAGUGAGCCAGACCCAGAAAAUGCAGACUUGCUCAGUUUAACCAUGAAUGUGGACACAAUUCACCUGCUCCCUUCAUCAUGACUCCAUGUGCUAGAGCAGUUUCGUUUUCUCAGUUGGAUCCCUGUGUCUGUGAGUGGGGUGCAGGAGAAGAGCCAGCGCCCAAGACUGCGGGGAGGGGAGGGAGGCGGGGGGGGCGGACAGGGAGGCAGCUUGUGAAUUUUUGUUUUACUGUAUAACUUUAUUAAAAAAGAAAAAAAAUAGUAAAGAGAAUAAAAAAUG